ACUGUGGCAGAAGAGGAUGAAAAUUGUGAAACAAGCGUAAACCAAACUAAUGUAUUUGAAACUCCUCCAAUCCUUCGGUUGAAUCCUGAGGCUCUUUCUGCAAUAACGAAUAGAAAACAAAGUCGAAAAAAUCUACAAAAAUCAUAAGAAAGGAGUAUUCUUUGGGAUGAAGAGGAAGAAAAAGAGCCGGUAGAUGAGGAAUAUAACUUUUACAUGUCUUGCUUAGAUGAAAUUGAAAACUUGAAGAACCAAGAUGCAGCAGUUAAAGAUGAAAUUGAAAACUUGAAGAACCAAGAUGCAGCAGUUAAAGAUGAAAUUGAAAACUUGAAGAACCAAGUUGCAGCAGCUAAAGAUGAAAUUGAAAACUUGAAGAACCAAGAUGCAGCAGUUAAAGAUGAAAUUGAAAACUUGAAGAACCAAGAUGCAGCAGUUAAAGAUGAAAUUGAAAACUUGAAGAACCAAGUUGCAGCAGUUGCAGCAGCUAUAGGGAAAUUCGGGUUUCUGCUCCAGUGUGGACAGCAAGCUCCGAUUACGUUUUCUGAAGCUUUCCCGAAUGAGGUCUUAAGUUCUGGACGGAAGAUUGGAGAAGGAGUGUUUGGAGAGGUUUUCAUGCUGGAAAGACCAGGUGAAGGGAGAUCUGUUAUCAAAAUAAUACCAAUUGAAGGUGCCCAAAUGGUCAACGGCUCGGUGCAGAAACGCUAUGAUGAGGUUCUCUCUGAACUUAUUAUAACUGACUUCAGUAGUAAGGGAGAAUACUGUCCUUGGAGGUUCGUCAUCACGGGAGAUCUUCACAAUGAUGUCACAAUUGAGGAUUAA